ACUCACUUCCGGUUUGGCGGAUAUUGUGCUUCGGAGAGGAAAUAUUCAGUUCAUUUCACGCAAAACAGAGGAAUAUUUUUUCCAUUCUGAAUUGUUUAGGUGACGAUUGUGAGAAAGCCGAGGUCAAAUGUCAGUCAAAUGGUCAACCGUCUGGGGAGGGUGAGGGAUAAUUUGAAGUCCCAAGACCCAUGAAGUCACCUAGGUUUUCAAACUGCUCGUCAUAUGGAACAAAAAGUUAAGUCAGAGUGGUAAAAAAAAAUAUGGAUGGCUCUUGGACUGCCGAUGGUGAGCUUAGCCAUGGAGGAGCAGAUAAUACACCAGGUCAAGCACUGGCUAAUACUAAUGAACUUUAUAUCCAAUAUGGAAAAGUCAUCACCGAGGGAAGUUGUGGUGGAAGAUGGGAUGGAGAUGUCCCUAACAAGGGGCCCGUUUCAAGGAUACAAGAAAUUGGGUCUGAAGUUGCAUCAUCAACAUCCACACAUAAUGCCUCAAGGGAUUUUUCCCCAGAUUGCCAGGAAGUACCAUCCGGAACAACGUGUCCAAGUAUGGGCAGUUUGCUCAACAUUCCAGAGGACUCUAUAGAAAGAAAAGAGUCAGUGAUGAGCAACAUGUACAAUUCUGUGACUGACCACUUCCCUGCUGCUAUACAACAACAGACAGAUGCCCAAUACUUGGAUCCCCUGUUUGAUGGCUCAUCAUUAAAUGACAAGGUGCCCAUUGAGACCAGUUGCAAGAUAAUUAAGCGGUGCUCAUCACUGGGAUUUUAUGAUUCCACUGAGGUUUGCUCUUUAGCACAGAGUAAAACUACAGAGGAGACAUAUUUUCCCAGAAGACCCUGUUUGUCAAAUGAGUUAAGUCCAGUCAGAUCCAAAAUGGAGAAGCAUGCUACAAAUGUGAAAGAACACAUGUCCUGUGUUUCUGUUACCACGUCAAACAGUAAUGGGAAUGAAAAGGAUAUCUCAGUUUUGAGACAAGCUCAUUAUAGUUUUCAUAGAACAUCCAAAGAAGAUGAACAAUCUUGUACAAAUGUCAGUGCCAGGAAAUGUAUGGAUAGCCAAACUAACAGACAUUUCAGCAUACCUAGUCAUCAUUUGACGUUUGACACUACCUCUGCUGAACCAAUUCCUGUAUAUUCAUCUACCUCUGAUAGUAAACAAGAUAACAUUGAAAAAAAGAAUCCUUUAACACUCAACACUAUGGAGCAUUUGCAAACAUCAAUGGAAAUCUCAGAUACUUGGACAAAGAGUGACGUGUCUAAUUCACGGCCUGAAAAAGAGGAAUCCACCACCAGCGAAACAAAUGUGAAGUGCGCAACAAGAAAUCCAGACUUUCUAACCACUGCCACUCAAAGCUCUUGCAAAGUGGUGAACAAACAAGAACAUGGAGGGUCAGAAAUGUCGUAUGACACAUCUACCUGUAGUCAAAGUCACUCUUCACGUGAGCUUUUAUCAUCUGAUACACACGAUACCUCACUGAUAAUAAGUAACACUGACGGAGAGACAGAUAAUGGCCAAAUAAUUACUCAGAAUGUUCUAAAAGUUGGAGACAGCUCUGAUGAUACUAUUGCUCAUAAUAAUUUCCUGGGUCAAUCACACUCUUCGACUGUUAGCCCAAACCCUGAGACCAUGAUCUGUGUUUCCAGCUUGGAGAAUGCAAGUAAAGAGAGAAAAUCUGAAGUAAACAUCAGGAGUCCACAAACACCUGCUGAUUUCCUUGUGAAAGAAACAACCCAAGCAGAGCCCUACCAGGAGGAUUCAACUCCCUUUGCAGAGAAUGAACAUAAAAUUGAUCCCAGUUGUGAGACUUCCUUUGUUAGCAUCAGUACUCCUGUUACAAUAAAAAAAAGAGUUUGGCACUUCUUAAAAAAAAGAAAACUACUGAAAAUGACCAGAGUGCUUUCAACAAUUCAGGAACCUUCCGAGAACAACACUGCUGAUUCUGGGAAAUUUUCUAGGGAUUUGAAAAAGAUCAAAACAAAGACAGAAAUAAAACAUUUACAAGAUACAUGGCAGAAAAGCAGGAAAGCCAAACAUCUGGCUUUAUUUACUGACUACAGAUGGCGUGUGAAGUCACGUCAGAUGUUCCGGCAUCACAUCAGUCAGGUAUUCCAGACGUCUUCAGGUCCACAGCCAAAUCAAAAGGGGUCGAACGAAAUGAACAGAUUAUUGGGUUGUUUUGAAGACCCGUUAAAAACUGAGAUACAUGGUGAGAAGCAUGACGUCAUGGCUCAAAGCAGUGCAAAGGAUCUCCAAUCAAAUACUAGUAAUACACUACUAAAAACACCUGCUGAGGAAGCUCACAGCACUGAGCUAAAUGAUGAUGCAGCUUUCGAGUUGUCUCUGCAGUCCACUAUUAACAGUGCAGGACUCCAUUUCUGCAUUGCCAAUGCAUUUAACAAAAGUGUAAAGGAUGAAAGGUCGAGAAAUCCCUUAACGGCUAUGAGUGUGAAAGCAUCCGAUAGCCAACUGGAAGAAUUAUCAGAAACGGAUAAAAAUCCACUAUGUGGAACAAAUGCAAUUUCACUUAAACCUCCUCUAAUUCAGAAAGUAGACAGAUUUACACAGUAUUGUGAUGCGGACUACAUGACUGGACUAAAUAAGGACUCGUGUGCAGUAGCUGAUGCUGUUAAGAAUAGAAAAAUUGCAAAGAAAUAUAUCAAUUGUAAGUUCUGUCGUCAAACCUUCCGUCAUAUCUCUGCAUAUACUGCUCAUCAGCGUAUUCAUACAGGCGCAAAACCUUACAGAUGUGAACUCUGUGGCAAGAACUUUGCUCAGCUGUUCAAACUCAGAUCCCAUAGAAAUGUCCAUGUCCAGUCUGUGUCUUGGCCGUAUCCAUGCUGUGGAAAAAAAUUCUCUGAAAAAGGGAAUUUGGUAGCUCAUUUAACAACUCAUGUAAAGAUCUCCAAGCAAAAUAAUGAACCAAGACUACAAGACAGUGAACCUAAUGCCCUUUUAAGAGACCCUUCUCAUGGAAAGGGCGUAAUUUUCGACAUUAAUAACAAAGUUAACAACAGAUAUGUGCAGAAAAAUCACAAACAUGACCGGGAUAAGUUCAUAUCCUGUAAGACUUGUGGAAAAGAAUUUUGGACAGCUUCACAGCUAGUAGUCCAUGAGAAGACCCACUGGCCAGUUAAACCUUACGCUUGCUCCAUUUGUGGCAAAGGUUUUAAUCGGAUCAAGGCUCUGAAAAAGCAUUCUGGAAAACACACAGGAGAGACACCGUUCUCUUGUUUUCAUUGUGGUUGUGCAUUCUCUGAUCUUCCUGCACUGAGGGUGCAUCAAAUUUCUAAACUAUGCAAACAGAAACAAGAUGUAACUGAAAAGAAUUACAAUAUCGAGGGCUUUCUAGUCACUUAUGGAGUUGAUGGUCAAGUCAGUACACCAGUGUUCUUCAAGUGCCAAAUAUGCAAACAGCUCUAUCAGACAUGGUGUCAAUAUACUCUUCACCUUCAAACCCACACAGAUUCUCCACCCUAUCUUUGCUUUGCUUGUGGGCAGAGCUAUGAAAACAAUUCUGUAGUGAAUGUUCAUUGCAGGGAAUGUUGUCAGGUAAGUGGGGAGGAGGUGGCUUGUGCUUCUUCAUUUUCUCAAAUCUUGAGUAGUGACCCCAGAAAAUGUGCUGACUUAAAGGAUAAUUCACAAACUGAUCAGAGAGAGACUUCCAAAAGCGAUUCUCUGUCAAGUGCUGGCCACUUUCACAAGAAUUCCCAAACUAAUAAUCUGCAGACGGAAUUCCCUGCGCCUGAGUCCUCUGAGUUUGUAAAUGCUUCACAUUUGCUUGAAACUGUGCCUCUGUUACCUCAAUCACCCACACCUUCUGUGAUGACUUGUGCCAAUUCUCUGGAAGAUGUUGAAAGACCAACUCUUUGGAGGUUUAAGUGCUCACGUUGUGGUCAGAGGUACAAGCGAUACCGGACUUUGUCUCUUCACAUGCAGACACAUGCCCCUGCUUUUAGAUACACCUGUCGACAUUGUGGCCACUCAUUUGAAAGGUGGAACAAACUCUGGUUGCACCAACGGAUUCAUCGUCGCAAAGGCCGUCGCUAUACUUGUUCGCAGUGCAACGUCCAAUUUAACUUCUUUAGUGCAUAUAGAAUGCACCUUCUGAACCACGCAGAGGAAAGACCCUACGCUUGUCCACUUUGCCCCCAAACCUUUGCUUGUGAAGAAGGCUUGCAUGUUCACCGAUGUGAUUUUCAUCGACCGACACGAAAGUUCCGGUGUGACGUUUGUUCCAGAAGCUUUAGUAAUUUGACAAACUUGGUUAAGCACAGUCUCCUUCACAAUGGCACCAGGUCUCACCAGUGCCUUCCAUGCAAUCUCUCAUUUUCAAAUAGCAAAAGUCUACAGGAACAUUUGAAUACUCAUAAUCAUUCUGCCAGCCUCCUCCCUUCCAUCCCGUCGGAGCCAUUAACAUUUCUACACAAGUGUAAUAUAUGUAAGAGCAGCUUCUCCAAGGGGGAUCUACUCUAUGCUCAUCAGAUAUGUCAUACCAGAGAUUUAAAGAGUCGAGUGCGUUCUACCCAAAGAAGUAAAUCUACCUCAGUUAUCCUUGGAGGCACACAGUCUACUACUAGAAGGUCUCUGCUAUCAACUCUUGACCUUGAUGCCAUUCCAAAGGAGAGCCUUUUUAAAUACCCCCACCCAGAUAAGCUGUAUGUACCACCUCGUAGUUCAAGCAAGGUAAAACGUACCCCAGUCGUUAAUCUAGAUCCAGGUGAGGAUAAGGACAUCCCACAGGAAGCCAGCACUGACCCGGUUUCUGGAACUGGACAGAGUUCUGAGGAAUAUACUGGAACGGAAAUUAUGCACCAACCUCCAAGCCAAGAAUCUAAUCAGUCUCUGAAUUCUGGAGAUUCUCACAUGGAUACUGUAACUGAUCAUCUCCAGGGCAACAGUAGCCAAAUGAUUGAGUUUUACGAAACCAGUGUAUUCUUAAUGGGACCAGCCACCACCGGGCAGGCUGCUGAAAAUACAGGUGAAAUACAGGACGAGACCUUCGAAUGUGCAGACUGCUCUGAAAAGAUAGACAGUGCUAUAGGAUUAUAUGAACAUUAUUUACUACACGCAUUAGGUAAUCGAUACGUUUAGAGUCGUCUCUGAAAGAGGAAGACUCUUUCAACUCUUGCAAAUUUCAGAUACAGAAAAGUUGCUGCUCCUGUGCCUUAAAAUGACCUCGUCACUUUUAACCAGCCCAUAUUUGUUCCUUCUCAUAAAGCCGUGGCCUUUACUGUCUGUAUUUAUCGGAAACAAAGUAAUUAAAAAAAAGAUUGUUUACAAACUUUUAAUCAUCUCAUCCUGUUGUGCUUUACAGGGUUAUGUAGACCUGCACUGGAAAUUUUAUGCAAAAAUGCCAUCUUGUAUUUUAUAUUACAUGAUCAUGAUUGAAUGUACACUAAUUGGUGAAGACAAUUUUUGUUUAAAUCCUUUACGAUAGUCUUACAUUGAGCCUUUGUUGAG